AUGGAUUUUGCGUCCGCCAUGUCAUCCGACUCCAACCUCCGUGGACCCGCCGUCGCGGUGCCUCAGCAGAUCUUCGUUCCCCGGAGGACGUCGGGGUGCAACCUCGGCAAUAUCAUCAAGACCGCGUUCAAGUUCCUCUUCCAGGGCUUCCUCGUAGCGCUCGCCGUUCGCUUCAUGCCUGCGUACGGGGCGGUGAUCGACACCCACGAGCUGCUGAUGAUCGCAUUCUCGUCGGCCAUCGUCGAAUUCUUGUUGGAGCGCAUUCUGCCCACCGCAACGAUCUCCAUCGGCAACUUCAGUCCGGCUCAGAGGAGCGAGGAAUGGUUCCAGAUGCGUAAGGGGAUGCUCACCGCCAGCGACUUGGCAGCGGCGAUCCACCUGAAUCCUUACGAGUCGCAAUUCGACCUUCUGCUGAAAAAAUGCAACAUCGGCAAGCGCUUCGAGGGCAACGCGGCCACGGCGUACGGCGCUUCGCUCGAGGACGAGGUCGUGGCCAAGUUCUGUGACCAGACCGGCUGGAAACACUUCGACGCGGGCCUGUUGCGGCAUCCCGUUCACGACUUUCUCGGGGGCAGCCCGGACGGACUCCUCAGCAGCGCGGACGGGACGCAGUUCGCGCUUCUGGAGAUCAAGUGUCCCUAUCGGAAGACGAUCGUGGACGAGAUCAGCGGCUACUACUUCCCACAGAUAAGGGUCCUGUUUCGCUCACCCGACUCACUGGCUUUUGUUGCUGACGAAACAUCCAGAACUUCCAACCUCAGCUGCCAAUGCCAUUCGGUACGCCGAAAAGAACUCUCGAAGAUCGAGACCGAUGCCAGGGUCUUGCACGUGCAGUUGUGCAUGGAGAUCUGCGACGCCGACUCCUGCUGGUUCGUCCAAUACCGCCCAGCUAGGAAUUUUUGGGAAGACGAGAUCAUGUCGGUGAUCGAGGUGAAGAGGGACAGAGAGUGGUUCGCCGAGAUACUACCCAAGGCGCGCGCCUUUUGGGACGACGUGCUGUACUACCGAGAGCACAUGUCCGAGUUGUUGGCGAUCGUAGAGGGCAAGAAGCGCAAGCGGGAGCCGACGGGCAGGACCGUCACUCUGGACGUUCCGCCGGACGAGGUUCGGGUCCAGUGUCGCAUAGAUUUCGACGAGAAGGAAGUCGCAUCGGACUCGAGGGGCGCGGCGUGGACCAUGCCCACGCAGUGCCUCAUAGACAUGGUGCGCAUAGUGUCCUUGAUCGCCGGAAUCUUCGGUCUCGGCUUCAUCGGCAUCGCCAUCGCUCAGUUCGUCCAGUACGGGCGUCUGAAGAAGGUGGAGGGCACCAACACCGCGCUCACGGCGGCCACCCUUCAGGUCAUGUAUCUCGCGAUCGCGCUGCUGGUCAUGGGGCUGAUACUGACGGUCCUCGGGUUCGCGACGGCGUUCAAGCACGUCGAAGAGGCCGCGGGAGAAGGCGGACACGCGGACGUGGACGACGAGAGGAACUACUCCCUGGACGCAUUCCCCGACUUCGAGGAUCGGAUGCUGGCUCAGCAGCUGCACAACCUGGACGGCAGGUCCGCGCUCAUCAACGCACAGAAGUCCGUCUUGCGGGGCCGGCUGAACGCGGCACGACCGGUACCGGUGGCGACUCCGGCCGAGCAUGUCUGA